AUGAUUCACCCGAACCAUCCCCCCGCAGUGAAAGUCGGCGGGCGGCGUCUGUCAAUAUCCAAGCCAAAGCCGCAUGUCCUGACAGAGCAAACAAUACAUGAGUCCACAGUCGAUGCACAGAAGGUAGAUGAACCUGAAGUAAUCGACUACCCCAGACCAACCGUGCCUGGGGAAGAGCGGCCCCACCCACCUCCGCAUCAUGACGAGCCCAAGAAAGAGAAGCAUAGUCCCUACGACGCAAGGCUGAAGGAACUUGCGCACGCCAAAGCAGAGGCAACGAUGCCUACGAGGGGUAUCAAGAGCAACGGCAAGGCGUAUGGCGCCAACGGGAGGAUUGCCCAGCCAGCGGGGAAGAGCCUUGAAGUUUGA